GCAGCCUCGGCAGUGCAUCUUCUCGCCAACUGCGGGCACAGAGCGGCUGUGGCAGCGCGCCUGCGCAGUGCAUCCAGGGGCUCGGCGGCGUUCGGUGCUGAAGUGGGGCGGAUGGCAGAAAAACAGCGGCGAUGGACUUUACACCGCGGGAUUCCCAUUUACGAUGUCGUUAAAUAAGCAUCGGGACGUCGCUUUUUCACACCUAUCAUCCUAGGACACUGACAGCCCACCGCAAAGGGAUGCUGUACUCUCAAUGCUCCCUACACCCUCAAGUCCAUAAAUGACCCUUUCACAGAGUUCUGAGGAAGCUUAGGGGUGCCGGUGAGAGAAGCAGAAGUAGCGAGUGAAGUAAGGAAACGAGGGGAGGAAGUGGUCGCAUUUCACCUCAGCUCUCGUGUCCCUUUCUGUGCCAGUUGGUCAGGGAUGGUGAUACCAGUAACCUCCCUGCCCUGUGGUGAAAACAACCUCUUCGCCUUGCCCCAAAUCUCCUGCAAGCCAGAAAGACGCUCAGACAGCCCCCCAGUCAGUCACUUCGUCAACCAGCCUGCUAGCAUCCAGCAACCUAUUACCUCAUGCCAUGACUGCUCUGUCUGACCUGUGUUUAGGAACUCACUAAUUCAUGCCCCGGAGUGUGAGUGGAGUGGAGAUGAGAAAAAGGCAGGCGGCUCAUAUUGAGGCCCCACCCCAGGCCCCUGGACAGCCCCGACCCAACACCUGCUGCCUCUGCUGGUGUGGCUGCUGCAAGUGUCUCUGGAACGAAGACAGAAUGGAGAGGAGUGAACGACAGACCUGCACCAAGAUGGACAGUAUUGAAGCUACUGAAGAACAACGCCCCAGCCUAGAGGAGGUGUUGUCGUGGGCACGGAGCUUUGAGAUGAUGCUGCGCUCGCUGGAGGGCCGGGAGGUUUUCAGGCAGUUCCUGCGUUCUGAGUACAGCGAGGACAACCUGCUUUUCUGGUUGGCCUGUGAAGAGCUGAAAAAGGAGACGGAUCCCACAGCGGUUGAUGAGAAGGCCAGGAUCAUAUAUGAAGAUUAUGUGUCCAUAUUAUCACCCAAAGAGGUGAGUCUGGACUCACGGGUCAGAGAAGGAAUAAACCAGAGCCUGGCGGAGCCGAGCAACCUGAUGUACGAGGAGGCCCAACUCCAGAUCUACACCCUGAUGCACCGGGACUCCUUCCCCCGUUUCCUCAACUCCUCUGUUUACAGAGACCUCCUGGCCAGCAGGAGGCGCACCUGCCUCGACACCUAGUCCCCCCCAGCCUCCAUCAUCGCCAUCAAACGCCAACAAGACUACUACUUAAACUUCAAAUACUACUAUGGUGCCAGAAGUCGGGUUUGGAAAAAUCUCUCCCUCGUUUUUGGUUGAAAAGGCUGAGUGACAUCCGAGAUAGCUGGUUAUUAGUUUUUUUUUAUUUAUAUUUUUUAAGCAAUUUAUAUCCAGUUCUCUGCUGGAGCUAGGUCAGCCUUUGCUGGUUGGUUAUUGGUCAGUUUUAGACCAUUAAUGCUGGCCAGUGAUUGUUUUGCUAGCAAUUUGUGCUUUUUGUUAUGGUUGACUGGCCAACCCACGUAUCAGCUAUCAGUUGAGAUGGCCAACCUAGUGGCCCGCUGUUGGUUAACUGUGGACAAAGACUCCUGAGGAGGUGGGAACAGAGUGCGAGAGAGAGAGAGACAAAAAGGACAAGCCCACUGUUCCUGUACUGUAAAAUUUUAGACCUCAUGCUUUUUACCCUCACUUAGUGAUAUUCUCUGUCUUUACUCAUUCUUUUUAACAAUUUUUUAGUUUUUCCAAGUCUGUCCCAUUCCUCAGAUGUCUUUCAUUUAAUUUUGCUUUUCAUUCCUUCACUGUCCAAACAUGACACCUAUCUGUCGGUGGGAUUUAGGGCAUUUUUUUGCCCUUUUAACCAGUAGACACACUGGCUCUGCAUGCAGCUCUCUCUCACUAUGAUCGCUUGAUGAUAUAAGCCGCGGACUGCAACUGUUUUUGAAUAUUAAGAGGUAUUUAAGGGGGGCGGGGAGGACUGUAUCUCUGUUUGGCUGUCUGUGUUCAGUGAUGGGAAAAAGUAAACUUCUGACAUCUUUAGGCUUACUGCAGUAUUUUUAUCGAGGAGAUUUGAAGGCGUCUGCAGCACGUGCAGCACCUACCCAUUUAUCCACCUGUCCAUCCAAUCCAUCCGUCCAUCCAAGCACUUUCCUUCUUUAGGAUUCGUUAACUGGGAGAAGUAAGGGCUAGAAUUGUGGUUGGGCAGCUACAUCUAUUAUUAUUACUCAUGAACUUUAGACAAAAAAAUCUCUCCACUGAGAAAAUCACAAUGCCUUUACAUGCAGGAAAAGGCAGCACAAGUGCUGCUGGAGGUUUUCUGGAAAGCAACCACAGUUUGUCCACCAAUCCCUACCUCCCUUUUUUUUUUUUUUUUUACCCUCGUUUCCCUCCCUCCUCCUCCUCCUCCCUCCAGUUCAGACCAUCAAGGCCUGACAAGCACAGGUGCCCAGUCUAGGGGAAAAAACGCAGCUGGAGAAAAACAAACAAACAAAAAAAUACAUUGAAUCCAAAUAAAUAGUCAUCUACAUUUUUAAAUUCUUGAGCAGAAAAAGAGGGCUUACCUUGUAGUGUUUUACAGUAAAUUUUUGAGCAUUAUGGAAAGCCGCUUCUGCUUUAAGAACAGUAGCAGAAAUUGCAGGUGCGGGUGUAAUGUAAAAGGUUAUCAAACCCUGGCUUUUGUCUGUAAGGCUUUAGUUGUGUGUGAGAUUGGAUGCCUGUUAUAAGCAGUUACGCCGAACCAGGUGCCAAACACGAUGUCAGAGAUGCCGUGAUGACGACAGUAGUGGUCGCUAGGCUGUGGAGCCUUGGUCCUUCUGCCGUGUGGUGGUCCUUCAGUUAGCUACUGCCCGUUCAAGACGCUUGUUUCUUCAUACCAGAGCUAGUGAAGAGGGUUGGUAAUAACAACGCUAGCACACGGGGCUAGUAAAAGCAGCUUGCAUAGUCAUGCUACACACUCGCCUUUUCAACCAGCCGUCUAGGUUUCAGCAUGCUGUAGUCAAGCAGUUAGCAUGCUUGUGCUAGCCAUGCUAAUUUUCUACUCCACUGCCAGCCCUCGUGCACACUCUGGUUUGUUUUUCUAAUCAGACUUUGACAGCAUGCUACGGUAAAGGUGUGUGUUUAUGGUACAGUGACACAUUUACCAGAGAAAAAAAACGAGAAAAGUUUAAGGGGUUUUGCCAAACGUCCCAUUAACAUUUUUAAUAUAUGAAAUGAUUUUUUUUAAUGAUGUAAACAUUUGAACAUGAACUUUGUUCCUGGCCUGUGGAUGUACAGUAGACAGUGCAUGAGUGCAGUAUAUGCUUUUUUUUUUUUCUUUUUUUUUAAAUUAACUGAGCCUCUGAGUGUAUUCAGCACUCGAUAGGUAGCUGACCUCCUGGCUUGGUUGGGUGAGUAGUGCCACAUCUUAGUGUCAAUGAAACGGUGCCACUCCUCACUGAUUAAUGUAGGCAUCCAUGUUUCUGGCUGCUUUAACUACCUAACAUUCAUGUGCCAAGCUUGGUCUAGACUAAAUAUAAGAGCGGAUGGUGCACGGCGCCUAGCAGGCCGUUGAACUGCAAUUGGAUGUCAAUUUGAGGCUCUGUCUCACUUGUCGUAAAGUUGAUUAAUAAACACCUUUCAGGAUAUAAAGUUUUUGUUUGUUGCCACUGUUUCUAAACUGCAACUUCAGGUUUUGUUGGAGAAACUAAGUAAGGAAACGAAUGAAUUUAAAAAACAAAAAAAACAAAUCCUUUGCAAGAGCCUGGGAUUUUGAUGUUUCCUCCAGACUUAUUUCAACAAAAGAAACAGACAGGAUGUCACAGUAGUACGAAAGCUGUCUGCUGUGAAUAAUGGUCAGGAGGACAGGUUGAAACUAAUAACCACGCCACAGUUUUUCAGUGUUCCUUAUUAAAAAUAUACUCUUGUUUAACCUUUGGCACUAUAGUACUCAAAUUCAAGCUAUGUGAAUAUCCAUAAGGGCUUGAACUGAUAUUGCUUGGCUGCUUUAAUGAAGAGCUGUGCAUGCAUGCGCCCAGUUGAUCAGAAGCAGAGGAAUACAGAGUAAUUUACCAAUUCUGAUACCGCAGGAUCAGUUUUCACUCUCACUCCUUGGAACAGUUUUACCUUUUCACUAAUCGAAAGCAUUUUAGACAUUUGUAUUUGGACAACUCUGGAACUUUUUAACUCACUCAUAAAGCUCUCAUGCAGACAAAUCCCUCUUCUGCACACUAUAGCUACAUUUCCUUUUUUUUUUGCAGGUUUUUUUCAGAGUCUAUAUAAGUAACAUGAGAAUGUUUCACCAACAACCAGAUAUUGAAAUCAUGGUGCAAUCAAAACAAGUUUACAUUUAUAAAUUGUGAGAUGUGUGUACCUUAUUAAAUACUCAUAACAGUGGGAAGCUAACAGCCAGCAGGUUUGAAGCUGGCGCGAGUCUCUGCCCAGGGCUAACGGGCAGGCUGGAGUUUAAAACUGGGAGCGUUUUACAAGGAGGACAGACACGGUAGAAACCCAGGUUUUCUGCUCGCGUCCAUUCCUCGUAAUUUAUUGUGACUUUUACACAGCGGGGAGAAGUACACGGUUGUUUAUUUUUAAUACCUGCGUUUUUAAAUGUGGAUUUUGCAAGCAAUGACGAUGAUGUGAAGUGAUAUAGUUGUCAUCGCUGAGUUUAGAUUUGUGUCUUUAAAUUUCCAUGGAUUCCAAGUGAGAGGGUCUUUAAAAUGUGGCUGUGGUUUUAUUGACUAAAAAAAAAAUAUAUAUAUAUAUAUAUAUAUAUAUAUAUAAAAAAUAUUAAAUAAAGGUUGCGAGCUAGAGCUGAAGUGUCCUAACGGGAUGGAGGAGGUUUGCGAAGCUUUGGCCUUACUGACAUGUUUUAUUUUUUUUCUUUGUAUUAAAAAGAAAACAAACGUCUCUGUAGGCUUUUCACUACCUCUCAUGUUGGUUAAUUUAUUUCACAUCUAGUUGUCAAUGUAAAAGUUGUUUUUAGAUCUACUUGAAGCCUAACACUGUAAACAAAAAUGUGCACAGAAAAUGACUAUGUAUAUGACCAGAGGGUUUAAAGAGAGUUUGGCCUAGUCAACAUAUUUUUGUUUGUUUGUUUGUUUGUUCGUUUGUUUGUAUGUAUGUGUGUUUGUUUUGAAUUGUGUUGAGCUGAACUAGAUUUUGCAUCUCUAUAAAGAAUUCAGGAAUCCACUGUCUAAGGGCUAAUCCCAUUUUUGCCUAUGCAAAUCUGUUACUGUGGGUGAGUUGGGAAAGGGUGAGCUAAUGCACCUUUCACCUGUUUUAGAUGGACCAUGGUUUACAUUGCCCUUUGCUGAUAUUCUUCAAUCUUAUUCAGCAAAAAUGUACGCUUAUUUUUGUUUCUAUAUAUAAAUAUUAUAUAUAUGUGUGUAUAUAUAUGUAUACAUAUAUAUACACAUAUACAAAACAAGUAAUAUACAGAGUAAAUAGUAUAUGCCUUCGUGAUGAUAAAAAAAAAAAAGAAACCUUGAUGAAAACAAAUAAAUGUGUUGUCUGACAUUAUGUGGCUGUGUGCUGGAGUCUUGGUAACCUAGAUGACUGGAAUUCAACUUGACUUUCAUAAAACUGUCAUUACUCAGGCUACAAGACUUGUAGCUGACCCUGUGCAGUAUUACCUGACUGAAGGAAUAAAUUUUAUUUAUUUUAAGAACAACCAAAUCAUGACUUUCUGUGACAAACAUGUUACCCUGACAGUAGCAUGUUAUUAGACAGUGGGGUAAACAGGGGACCACCAAGGACUUGUCCUUAUCAUUUUUAAAGCCUAAGACUAUGUAACUUUUGGUAGGAAAAGCCUUUUGUUGCCAAAGUAGGGGUAGGCAGGUGUUUAAAGAAAAAUACAUCCAUAGUUUUUAUGAACUGAGAAGGAACUUCACUCCUGCAUCUCCUCUGGGCUUGUGAUGCCUGUGAUAAAGAAUUUUGAUCAACUGCAGGUCCUUACAGACCAAAUCACACAUGGGAGAAGCUUGCCUUUAAUGCUUUAACUAAAAUCGAAUGAAUUAAAAUCUACUCAACUAAAAUGCAACCGGAAACAAUAUCAAAGUGCUACUACAAAAAGACUUGAAGGCAAACUUCUCCCACUUCUGACCAGAUCGGGUGAGUAGUACAAGACGAGGAUGAAGAACAUAGGAUAAGGUGGUACAUUGGGCUAAGCCAGAGACUUUAAAGUUGGAGAAUGUGAAACCAGAAGGGGUGUGACGUACAACCAUAUUCCUGUGCUCGACCUGUUAGUGGGGCUUGAAACAAAGAGGGGAGAGUGGCAGGAGGAGGGAUGAUUUUUCUUUUUUCUUUAAAUUCUGUAAUUGUUUUGUUUCUCCCCCCCACUUUUUUUUUUUUUUAAAUCCACAUUUCUGCCUACUACAAUUUCAGGGUUAAAACAAAAUAUUGUUUAGAAGUAGCACAAGUCAUAGAGUUAGCAAACACGCUCAGUAAUGUCAGUCGCACAGCAAUUUUGUUAGCAAUAGCUAACAUUAGCCACUUCGUCACAGAAGCCUAAAGACUGCUCGGUGAACCCUUGGCAAACUGAUCGCUAUGAAAAAAAAAUUUCUCUGAUCGAUUGGUGAGCAGUUGCUGUGGUACUACUGUAGUACUAAAACUUGAAAAAAGUGUGAGGCAAACUGAACACUGUUCGCCUUAAAAAACUAAAAAAAACUCACUGCUGAAAUGGACCUUAUUAAAAAAAUUGGACGUAGUUACCAUGACAUCACCCAUAGUUUUCUGAAGUCCUCUUUGAAACUUUGAGAUUUCUACCAUUGCCAUCAUGGUUUAAAAAAAUGUGACUAUGACUAACGACUAGCGACUUGUGAUUGAACAAGUCCCCAGCCAGUGAGUAUACCAUGGAUAAUCAUCCUUUUUUAAGCAUAGUAUAAGAUUCACAAAAGAUACUUAUAUUUUUUAUUCAAACUAAAUUAAAAUGAGUGACUGAAAUCAUAAACUCAUCACAAAAGUGUUCAACUGGGUCAGGACAGAAAUGCUCGCUCCUGUAGACUUCUAUAGACCUGUAUGUCUUUCAAGACUCUUUUGCAUUGGGUUAAUUUUUGGCUUUGGGAGCUACAUCUGUGUUGUAUACGGUCUAUGGCUGAAGCAACAUGUUUCAAAAGGCGCAGCUUUUACUUUGAAGGCGUUGCACUCAGUUUUAAAACCUCUUGGCGAGUAGUCAGCAUCACGCAAACUUAGGGCAACUGUAGCAAUCUACUAAACCAUCGUAUACUACUUUGCUAUCAGUUUCAGAGAUGGCAAGCAACAUCCAGAAUCCUCUCACACCUGGUUUGAAAAUGCUCCUUUUUCCACUGUGACUGAUGGUUGCCAAGUGGUCUCCAACUGGUCUCUACGCCUGUGUGACAGGAGCCUUAGUCACAUCCAAACUUUGAGUAUACUGAGUGGAAAGAGUUUGUUUUACUGCUUAUGAAUAUAAUUGUUUUAUUUCUAAGAGUGAGACCGUGUUAUUGACUCAUUCAAAAGUUACAUAGUCUCACUUUUUAAGGGCUUUGGAGUUGGCGCAAACAUGGAAACAAGCUAGCCGAGUCAAUGACAGUAUCUGCCUUUGAAGUGUGCACUGUCCACACACAAGUCGCAGUAAUUCACUAUAACCAUUCAAAUAAACCCCGCUCACCAUGAAAUAUUCCACAUUUUAUUGUGAUUAUCUUUGUUGUUUGUCAGUGGACUCUCCACGAAUGUUGUGAAUUAUAUGAUGAAAUGAGUGCAGCACUGUGGCAACAGCAACUUAUUUUUCUAUUCUUCAACUUACUGUUCUUUUUGUAGCCACAUCCAGUCAGACUAUCACUGUGUUUAUACAGUAGCAUCGAUGUGGAGCAGAAGUGGGCUUUGUGUUUGUUAAACACUCCACUAAUGCAAAACGUUAGACUAGUCAGUAAUAAGUUACUUACAGGACCAUUUAUUCAGCUCUAAUGAGCCACUUUUAACGUUCAGUUGAGGUUUGAUUCAGAUCUAAAUUAUUUUUGAACUUUUUUUUUUUUGUAAGGAAAAUUUAGCUCCUGAACUGAAAUGGAAGUGACAGUAGGAUGUUUGAUGCUGUGUGUGUGUGUGUGUGUGUGUGUGUGUGUGUUCCUUCUUCCCACAGUGCAUCAUGGCUAAAGAAAGUUUUAUCAAUUGAUGUCGGUUUUGUGUGUUCCCUCAGUUGGAUUUGGUGCCUCUUUAUGCUUCACAACAGACCUCAAGAUCUUGUUUUCUUGUCUGUCUCACUCUCCCCCUGUCGGGCUUACGCUUUCUCUCUUUGUGACAUCACAUAUACAACUCUGUUAUUAGCCGUUAGUGGAGAGACGGGCCUAUUUUACAGCAAAAAAUUGCACUGAUGUUUAAUUUCUCCCUCAUGAAUUCCCUCAUAUUGUCUGUUUUGUACCUCUUCCGGAGGUGUUUGUGCUACUCUCGGAAAGAGAUUUUGUCCAUGCGGGUACUGCUCGAAGUUGGUUCUCAACAGUUUUAGGCAAUCACUUCUCUCUUUAUUGAUUUAGAUGCCUAAGCCUCUUGCUUUAUGUCAUGCCUUUGUAGAUAGAUCACGGACAUCGAGAAAUUAUCUGCAGGUGAAAAUGAAAAAAAGAAUUUUACCGUCACUUUAGGCGAUUAGAAAAGUGACAUUGUUUUCUAUUCAGCAUGCUUUGUGCUAAAUAAAUGAAAUAAUUCAGUUAUUUGCUAUAAACGAUACUGUAUGAGUAUGUAUUCAAGUACUGCAGUAUGCAGACAAUUAAAAAUAUGAGAAACUCUUUUGAGAGGGUCAUAUUUUUCUUCUAGUAUGUUUGACUAUAAUAUUGAUGGUUAUGGGUACUUAAUUCUUGUUUUGAGUGUCUCAUGAAUUACCCGAAUGAUUAAAUGAACAUCUUUGUAUUAACAGAUAUGGUCAGUUAUUUCCACAUGCAUGAUUUGAAGAGAGAUUUUACCAGGACAGUGCUUUUUAAUCCAGAGUCAGGCUCAACUUUUCGCUGUUUUUCACUGGUUGCUUGACACGUCUCUUGAGCGAGAUCCUGAUUGCUUUAUUUUGACAGGUGAAAUUUAAUCUUUGUGGUCACUAAUGGUCCAGAAGGUGGUCUGGGGUGAGAUGUAUAUUUAAUUUGGAGCCUCAUCCUGACGCACUAAACAGAUGUGACCUCCCUUUUCAGAAUUGAAAUGCAGAGAUGAGAAUAGUAGCCAGUUUAAGGGUGACGUCUUAAGACAUUAGAAAGCAUCUCACUGUCUCCAAUCUUCAAGAUGACUGCUUGUAUGUAUGACUUUGAAAUUUAUCAGAGGAAACUGAUUGUCAGUUCUUAACUGUAGCAUGUAAAGACUUUUAUAUCUCCUAGUUUAAACCCAACCUCAUGUUGUAAAAUAGCACUGGAGGGACUCAAGUCGUGUGUCACACAGUGAUUUAAAUCUGUACUCCAAGAAAGAGAGAAAAUUAUUAUUAGGGAGUUUGGACUUUGCAAGAGAUAUUCAGUCAUGCUUGUACUGGCAUUUUUUUGCAUGAUAGAACAAGACAGACAAAAUAUUUAAAAACAAACAAACAAACUAGGUUUAAAGAAAAUUGCAGGGAGGAGUGUGAAAAGGAAAACAGAUGAUAUAUACUUAUGUACUUUUUUUGGUGAGAUUUAUUUGGGAAGAUGGGAAGAAACUGCAAGCCUGGCCCGAGGUUAUUAUUGCUGCAGUCACACUAGGGAAAAACGGGGUUGGAGACUGAGGCAUGACCAAUUAUUGCAACCGUGUGCCGUUUUGGAACCAUCUGCGUGUAUUUAUAAAUUAGAUGCCAAUUAUUUGCAAACGAGAGUGACUCUAGUCAGCCUGAGUUGACUGCUGGUAUUUCUUUAUUUUCAAUGCCCGAGCCUCUUGCUUUAUGCCAUGCUUUUGCAGGUAGAUCACAGUUGUUGAGCAGUUUUCUGCAGGUGAAACGGGUUGCCUGGUGGGAGAGAGGCCGCUCCCCAAUAGGCAACCUGUGAAAUUGCCUUAUACUUGAAAGUGGUUGUUGCAACCACUUGCAAUCAGUCUCCAACCAAUUGCAAAAUAUUCAGUGUAUUCACCAGGAGACCAUUGGUUUAUUUUUAUUUUUGCCAUGUUAAUCUUUCCUCUAGUGUGACUGAACCAUAAGCUACAAAUAAACCUCACAUAAAACCAUUCUUUUCUUUUUUGUAACAGCAGCAGGCUCCAGUUUCAUACUUGCAGUCCCUGUUUUACUCUCAUCAAGAAAAGAAAAUAAGCCUAUUAGCUGAACGUCACACUGUUUCUUUAAGAAUAAACAGCCUAAAAAAUAAUAGAGCUUUGUGAAAUUAAAUUAAAUAAACAAAAAGAGGGAAACUCAAACUGCAAAUGUCCAACUAAGUACAGAAUGAUUAUGUCUCUGUGGUGGCUGAAAUGUGCCAAACUAAUAAUCUACCUUCCACUUCAGUGGAACGAGGUGAAAAGAAUUGUUGGAAUAUAAAAAGAUCCUGAUGAAACGCAUUUCAUGAGCUUUCUUUUCAUGUUGCUGUUGUGGGUUUGUGUCACUUCUGAAUCAUUCACAUGUAAUCCAGUUACCCAACAAUUAACCAACAAAACCAUAUAAUGGGCACUGAACCUUUUGAGACGUGACUGAUGUGGAUUGCAAGCAACCAGAUCAGCUCCGAGUAAAAUUGUACAACUCACUCACAAAAGAAGCUUGCUAUUGUUUUUAAUUUUAUCUUUACUGUUGCUGUUAAUUUAUUCCAGUCAGAAGUUUUUCUGUCAUUGUUGUUUUUUUGUUUUGUUUUUUUUUUAAUCUGAAAAGACACAAAAAAAUGUUGUUCAUCAGCCUUUAACUUCGUGAGCAUCAUGUUUACACGGUGCUCAGUCUUGGUACACUUUGAUCUACGGUUCUGUCUCUGUCUUUGUUUACACAAUGACAUCUUGCAUUAAAAGAAAACUCCAACUUAUGGUAACUGCCCUUGAAUAUCUGUAAUUUAAAUCGUGCUGCUAGAGAAAGAAAUCUAAAUGUAACAACUUACAAUAAAUACUUAAUAGAUUUUUGCCAAA